AUGGCGACCAUGUGUGAAAAACCCAAAAUAGAUCUUGUCGAAAUACAGGAUAGAAUAAAAAAUGUAAAAUUACAUGUAUUAACAUUUGCGACACAUGAACAAGGAUAUUUCAAAACGUUACAAGAAAGUUGUAAAGAACUAAAUAUAGAUUUAGUAGUAUUAGGAAUGGGUAAUAAAUGGGAAGGGUUUAUAAGUAAAUUAAUAAAUGUAAAAGAAUAUCUUAAAAAAUGUAAUGAUAAAGAUAUAAUAUUAUUUGUAGAUGGGUUUGAUACAAUAUUUGUUCAACCAUCUAAUGUAAUAAUAGAAAGAUAUAUAUUAAAUUAUGACAAUUUAUUUGUUUGUACAAGUGAAAGUGCAUAUUCCUCAAAUAUAUUUUUAUUACGAUUUCUAGAAAAUAUGCAUUUAAUUUUUCAUGAUAGUAUAUUUAAAUAUAAUUAUAAUACAAAAUGGGAUUCUAAUAAUAUUAAAGAUAAAUAUAGUGAGUUUAUUUAUUUUUAUAAAAAUUUAAAUUUAUUAAAUUCAGGGGGAUGGAUAAGUAAUGUCUUUUUGGCUAAACAAAUUUUGCGAUAUAUACCUUCCUUUAUUGAAAACGAUCAAAUAUUUUUAACAAAUUUAUAUUUGGAUUGUGAUUAUUUAGCUAACUUUCCUAAAGAGGGGCCAGAGAAUAAUCAUAAUAAUGACAGUAUUGGUGAAGCACAAAGCGAUAAACCCGAAAAAAAUGAUGACAAGUAUUACAGCAAAAUAAUACUUGAUAACCAUAAUAUAAUAUUUCAUUUAUUUCGAAAGCAAAGUAGCAUAAUGCUCUUAAGCUACGAUGAUUGUGUGAAGUUCUUCCCAUUUAAGCCGCUUUUGAGGAUAUACUAUGAAGGGAAGAAAGUGGAAAAAAAAGGUGAAGAAGAAAAAAGCGACGAUAGUGAACAUAGAAAGAAUGAUAAAAUUUUGAAAAAAAUUCAAACACUUAAAAAUAAUAACAAAAAUAAAAUUGAAUGUUUAAAACAAGAUACAAUUUUAGAUAAUACAUAUGUAGGAAAUACAGAUAGGAAAAUAUGUCAAAUCGAAAAGACAUUUAAUUAUUCUAUAAUUGAUACACAUACGCAUACAUCCCCAUGUAUACUUCAUAUACAUUGUCUUAGAAAUGUAGAUAAUAUUAUAUUAGAUAUGGGUUUGAAAAAUAUAUAUAAUUAUCAUUGGUAUAGUAAUAUAUGGUAUUUAUUUUAUAGUUUAAAAGGAACAAUAAAUUUUGAUUAUUUUAGUUUAUUAUUUUCUACAGUUGUAGCAUUUGUUACUUUUUCUUUAAUUAAUAUAAAAUAUAUAAUAAAAUUAUAUAUAUACAUAAAUAAAAAUAUAUUAAUAAAUUAUAUGCAAAAAAAUGAAUAUUUUGAUAAUAUUUUAUUUUUUUUAAAUGAUAUUGAAAAAUCUUGUUUUAUUUCAUUUAUUUUGGCUUGUUUAUUUUGGAUUUUCUAUGCACUGAAUAAGUCUGUUUGA